UUCAUACACACCAUAGAUAUCAAACACAAACAUUUUUUCCCAAAUCCCAACUGCCCCUAAAUUUCCAAUUCUUUUGCUCAUAUAAGCCAAUCAUCAAGAACCAAUUCUUCAACUUCAACUGACCCUCAUAUUUUCUUGGAUCAGUGUAUUAUAAAUCUCAAGAAAAGGGGCAAUUUUUUAGUACCCUUUUUUCCUUUUUGUGUUUUCUCUUUUUCCUUCUCUCUUGGGAAUUUUUUAAUUUCUUGAGGAAAUCAAGAAAAUAUGAGCAGAAUUCAAGAAAACAUGUCUUACACAAAUGAUGAGGAUGCUCAAAUUAGAUCUUCUUUAUCUCAAAUCCUAUUAACAAGUAGUACCAACACUUUAGACUCAAUAUUUUCUCAUUGCCAAGAACCAAAAAAUCAAAUGACUACUACUAGUUCUGUUCUUGAACCACUAGGUUCUUCAGUCUACCUCAGACAAAAGGAUUGGCUCCAAAAAUUUUGGGAACAGAACAGAACAAAUGUCACAAUUCCAACAAUUUCCACACAAACCCCACUUCAUGAAUCUUUAUAUUCAGAAAAAAUUUGGGAACAGAAUAUAGCAAAUGUCACAAUUCCAACAACUUCCACACAAACCCCACUUCAAGAUUCCUUAUAUUCACAAAGAUAUGUUAGUCCAAACAAGAAAAAGUUAUAUAGAGGAGUGAGACAGAGGUAUUGGGGAAAAUGGGUGGCUGAAAUAAGACUUCCUCAGAAGAGAAUGAGAGUUUGGCUAGGAACUUAUGACAAUGCUGAGGCUGCAGCUUAUGCUUAUGACAGAGCAGCCUAUAAACUUCGCGGGGAAUAUGCACGAUUGAACUUUCCAAAUCUACGUGAUCCGAGUGAGUUGGGAUUUGGAGAUAGUGAAAAGAUGAAUGCUUUGAAGAAUUCUGUGGAUGCAAAGAUACAAGCUAUAUGCCAGAAGGUUAAAAAGGAGAGAGCUAAAAAGGGUGCAAAGAAAAUUCUUGAAAGUGAGAAAAAAGUAGCAAAAAAUAUGGAUUUCGAUUCAUCAUCUUGUUCUUCUUCUUUGGUUGGUAGUGAAAGUUGGAGUCAUAGUGAUGUGAUUUCACAAAGUAGUUCUGAUGAUGGAUUCUUGAAUAGUGAGAAUUCACCUUACUCUGUUCUUGGUGACUGCCCCAUGGAGAAUGAUAACUGCCAUGUCACUAGCAUCCCAAAUCAAUUCGAAAGGCCGAUGCUGGAAAUGGAGUUCGAAGGUUAUUCCUUAGCAACAAUGCCUUCUUUUGAUCCAGAGUUGAUAUGGGCAGUCCUGGCCAACUAGAAGUCAUUCCGACUUACAAAGGCGGAUUCAAAAUUUUAAGUUGAUGAAUUCAGAUUACAAUCCCUUUUUGCUGAGCAAAAACUAUUGAAUUUUACCAAACCCGUAACUUCAGCUGUAGAUCCACCCCUGCUUACCCUCCACAUGACUUGAAUUUUUGACCUAUAGGUUAAAAGUGGUUCUGGAGUUAUUUUUAGAAUCUCUUCUUGAGAUUUAGUAGAGACCAUUUUUAUUUUGAAGAUGUGUAGUUAUUUAGUUA